GUAAAAUAACACUGGGGGGUGUUGUCCUUUUCAGGUUCUGUUUCGCGGUAUCUUCGGACCCAUUUACGGGUGCUGUUGGAUACUUGAUCUCUAAAGUCGGACUGUCUUUUAGCUGCGCUACGCGUUCUUCGUGCUCUUCACGUGCUUUCACUUUACUGUUGCGAUCACACUUUUUGUUAAUUCGCGACUCCGCCCCGCACCACGACACCGGCUGUACGAAUGACGAUGUCAAAACCUGUCGCGCGACGACAUGACGUCUCAUAUUGUAUAUGACAAUGUAUCGCGCACGCAAGCGAAUCAAGACAAUGACAGCGACGAGACGCCAAAGUUGUUUUCCGGUCAGACACUAUGGUUUUCGCACGCCGUACCGCAGCGACAGUGGUUGAUGGAGAAUGCCCGACUCAAUGGUGCUACCAUCGUCAAUAGAGAUGUUGAUGCCAACAUCAAGCUUGUCGACCAUGCCAGGAAGAACCAAGCCCCUGGGACGCACUCCUACAAAUAUGUCGAAUCGUCCAUACGGAAUGGUGUACUCGAGAACCUGGCGGACCAUGCGGUAGGAGUUUCUACGAGAGUUGCCCGACCAGUAGGUAGCACUGUGACUGCUCCAAGAGGCGGGAGAGUUGCGUACACCGAGGAAGAUGACCAGUUUCUUUGGAAUUGGAUGAAACCAUUCGAGGACAAUGGCGGCGUGUACAAGGGUAACGAGAUCUACAAGCAGAUCGAGGAAGUGAACCCGAGACACACCUUCCAGAGUUGGCGAGAUAGAUGGAUAAAGAGCACCAGGUUCCAGAAGAGACAGCUCACGAAUACCGCGCAGUCGGAGGAGCGAAGACCUCACCUAGCAGAUGACGAUGCUGAGCGGUCAACGCAGAGCCCUACACCAGAACCGGCACAAGCACCAUUGCGGUCGUCGCCGUCGGGUAAGAGAAAGCGUGGACCGGACGAUGGUGGAGAGCGUGUCCGCCCUAAAAUACAGCCAACACGUGCUACCAGAUCGCUAGAAGCACGAAACCAUCAGAACGUGGACGAUCCUGUUCCGCCAGUAACGGCUGCAGAGCAGGACACUGCGGGAGAAGCACGUCAGGCCGUUCCACUUGCCAACGCUCAGGCCGCGCAAGCUGAACUCGGAGCCGAACAAGUGGAAGUCCAGGGUGAAGAGGACGACACAGAGCUGUUAGGCUUAUCGCCAUCAAACGUGGGAGGCGGCUUCAACAUCAAAGAGUAUAAAGCGCUUUACCGCAUGGUUCCUGAACUUACCGACGCGGUUUCCGACGAGUUUCAGGGACUUUGGAAAGAACUGGCGGCAUCGCCUGAGUACCCUGGCCACAAACCUGACCAAUGGAAGUAUUUCUUUGAGUAUCGAGUGGUACCUGAUUAUUGUAGAAACAAGAAGUUGAAGCUGGAGGAAGUCGCUCCUUAUAUGUGCGCACGACAGGAGAGCAAUCUGGCUGGAGAGCAGCACAGCGGUCGCGACAAGGAUGGGCACGACAACGAUGAUGAGAAGGAGGAGAACCAGCAGGACCAGGAUGAGCUCUCAGAAGCUAGAACAACUCCCGGGUUGAUGAUGUGCACGAAUUGUUAUACCAAUAACAGUGAGAGAUGGAGACAUGAUAGAGAAGGGAAGCCUUUGUGCAACGAAUGCGCCGUCUUCUUGAGAACGCAUGGAGUUCCCAGAUCAUCAACAAUGGGGCUCGGCGCGUUUGCUGAACAAGCAGAAACUUCCGGAAAACGUCCACAAACACCCUCGCGACAGAUCAGCCCUAAAAAUUUCACCAUCACUCCAAUUGUCGGAUCUGUUCAAUUGUCUCCAAUACUUCUUCCGGCUGAACCCAGCGUGGCUGAAGCUGUGUAUGCACGAACUCCGCCGCCGAAAUCUCCCUCGUUCCAGCCCGAGUCACCAACAUUGAGUCGACCACCAGAACCGAAUUCAUCAAGGAAGAGAGGUGCUGGACGAGGUUCUCAAUCGCAGUCGCAGUCGCAGUCGCUCUCACAGCCAGUGUCAAUACGAGAGCUGAAUCCACCAAGCACACAAAGUCAUACCCAAACCGGCUCAGAAGCCCAUCCAUCGGAAAUGGGCGAGGCUCAAUCCAAGGAAGUCCAACCAGAAGAACAAUUGGAUGCGAAAUCGCAAAAUCCGAUUACUGCUGUGCCGUCAUUUCGUGCCACAACAGGCACGCGGCCUAGAAAAACACUUCAAGAUGAUCCUGACAAUCUGGAUGUCCAACAAGACUCGUCUCUGAGUACAGAUAUAGGCCCUCCUCGCGAACCGCCUGUCAUACCCUCCACUGAGUCGGAAGAUGAGUUCACCUUUCCACCUUACCCCCUUCUGGGAAAUAUGUCUAUGGGUGAUCCACGUUUUCUUCCACAAAGUUCCUCGUCGGAGUCUGAAGAUCACGAUGAUGAGGGGAUUGAAGAAGAGGAAGAUAGCGUGGUGAUAAAGCAAGAAAAAGCCGCGACUCCAGACCACGAAUCUUCACCAGAUUUUGGAAGCAGAGCGAACAUAGUACGUCAACAAGCAGCUGAGGAGCCGCAACCAACCCGGAAGCGGCAGAGAGAAAACUCUGUAGCUACAGGUGGUCAGGGAGUCUUGCAAGAGUCGAGACGCAACGCUUCACCAGAGAUACCAAUGGAAAGACUCGCAUCAGGCUCGCAACCAAUGGAUAACUGGGAGACGGCCCCAGAAGAGCAACAACAGGGAACGCACAAGGAACGUCGCCUGUCAACGCAAGCGCUCUUCGACCGUCCGAACACUCACUAUGCACUGGAUCUCGGCCUCGAGAUCCCGGAUCCUGAGGGUGGCUGGGAUAGCAUUCUUGGUCCUGGAGCUGCAAACGAUCCUGAGUAUGAAGACUCUGGCGCCGUUGCACUAGAUGUCAACACAGCGCGCAACAAACAGCCAGCUAUUCCUGCACGAGAGUCCAGGGAGGAUGGAGGAAGCCUGCCUGAGGACACCAAUCGUGUUCGUCCAUCGUCUACAGCAAGAUCUACAGACCUUGUCGAGCUUCAAGUGGCGCAGCAAACCGCAGAGGACGACAGUAUUACGGAUCAAUGGUUAGCCCACGAAGAGUCCCUGUAUCCCAACGAACCCAACUUGCGACCGAUCUGCAUCAAAGCGCUCGAAUGCACCAGUAUCAACUUUGAGCGAGCAACAGAUGUCGUUGAAAUCAUGCUGGACGAACUGAAGCGCAAGCGCCGCCGCACUUCGCGCUCCGGCUUCAUUGCUGUAAACGAGGUCGAGAUCCCGGAUGAUAUGCCUGGUGUUUGGACUGACGAGGACGAUCGACUUCUCCUGAGUCGGGAUAAGAAAGAUGUCCUGCGCAUGAUAGCCAAGCAUGGUCGCCCGAAUUGUGAUGCGCGCUUCGAUUUUUGGAUUGAGUAUGUGGAGAACUGAUGGCGUUGGCAUGGUUUUGGGACGACCCUGUUGGUUCUGGUCUGGCACGGGGACAAGUUGACGACAAUAUGACGAAAGAGAGAUACCCUUAUUGUACAAGUAUUGAGAUUAAGCGGCUUCGCGCCCAAGAACGAAAGGUCAGCCUUGCGAGUGUACCAGCAGGAAAGAAGCUGGCAUGGAGAGCAUAG